CACAUUUCCUGUUGAAAAUGAGGGCCCUGUUGGUUCUUGGAGCUUUUCUAGUGGCUGUUUACAGCCAGGAGACGUUUGUUGGUGACCAGGUUUUAUGAAUCACUGCCAGCAAUGAGGCACAGCUUGAUCUGGUGCGGUCCCUCCAAGAACUGCAGCAUCUAAAUAUUGAUUUCUGGUUAGAACCAAGCAGGCCCUUGAUGCCCAUUGACAUCCAAGUCCCAAGAGAGCAUGCACAAUCUGUGAAAGCCUUCUUUGAGUUCAACGGUAUUGGUUACUCAAUCUUGAUUGAAGAUCUACAGCUUCUAUUGGAUGAAGAGAAGAAGGAAAUGAUACUUUCUCGACAUAAGGAACGUAACAGCCAAACAUUCAACUAUGCUUCUUACCACACAUUGGAGGAGAUUUACACGUGGAUGGAUAUGUUUGUAGCUUCUAACUCAGGCCUGGUCAGCAAACUGCAGAUUGGUACCACUUUUGAGAACCGCCCAAUCUAUGUGCUAAGGUUUAGCACUGGUGGGAUUAACCGACCUGCUAUUUGGAUUAAUUUUGGUAUCCAUGCCCGUGAAUGGAUUAGUCCUGCUACAUCCCUCUGGCUUGCAAAUAAGCUUGCCAGUGAAUUUGGCAAAGAUACCUCUGUGACUUCAUUGCUGAACACAAUGGACCGCUACCUAGAGCUCGUAACAAAUCCUGAUGGAUUCAAAUUUACCCACACAAACAACCGCAUGUGGCGGAAGACCAGGUCUAAACAUGCUGGCAUGUUAUGUACAGGAGUUGACCCAAACAGGAACUUUGAAGCUAAUUUUGGAGGACCUGGUGCCAGUGACUAUUCUUGUUCAUCAACAUACUAUGGACCUUAUGCCAAUUCUGAGAAGGAAGUCAAAGCCAUAGUUGACUUCAUCAAAAGUCAUGGAAAUUUCAAAGUCUCCAUUGAUGUUCACAGCUAUUCUCAGCUCUUAAUGUUUCCUUAUGGUUACACUGCAACUAAGCCAAAAGACUAUGGAGAACUGCUUGAUCUCAGCAAGAUAUCUGUCACUUCUUUAGCAUCACUGUAUGGAACCAGCUACAAAUAUGGACCCAUCUUCACCACAAUCUUUAGGAAAGAUGAUUCCCUGCUGGGAGAUUACCGGCCACUACAAAAUCUUACACCCAGCAGUAACAGGACACUUCUACAUUGGGCUCAUUAACUUGUCAACACAUGCAGCCAAUAAUCAUGAAAACAAUGUAUAUAUUUGGAAAAAGACAAGUAAUUGAGAAGACACUGCCACAUUUUCUCAGUCUUUGCAAGCACAAGUAAAAACCUUUUAAAAAGAGAUGGAAAACAUAGACAACUUCAGUUUUGUGCAGACAUACAAGUAUUAACUUGGCUCCUUGGGAGAGAGACAUAGGCUGGGAUUCCAGGAUGAAACACACUAGUGUGAGCAUCUAAUAAUCACAUUGCCACAUAUACACGGUGGUGAAAAACAAAAAGCUUUCAAAAUUGGAGGCACAAGAAAAACUGAUUAACUCAGAUUGAUUGUGGCCAGGAACUAGUCAAUAAGUGCAGUCAGUGAAUCAACAGUAUAUAAUUUGCCAUAGGCUUGACUCACUUCAUUUUCUCAUAGAAACACAGACCAUCACAUUUCAUUUUAGGGUUUGCACAUUCAGUUAAUUUGUACAUUUGGCUAAAAUAGACUUUAACUAGCUCCAGAGAAGCAUGACAUAGGUGAAUGUUACUCUAGGUCUCACAAUUAAAUAAAAAUCAGAGAUACUCCACAAUACUUUUCCUCUGUUUGCUAGAUCUCAGUAAGUUGCCAGACUGAGAUGGAUCUAAAUAGGGUGAUCACUUUAAAAGCCAGCAUUGGGAAAGGUCACUUUUCUUUCCCACAAGAACAGAUGGAGUUGUGGAGUCCUAAACUGUUUCUGAAGACACCAGAAUCUCUUUUAAAAGAUUGGAAUUUGAUCGUUAUAGUAAAUCCACUGGUUUUGGUAAGCACGAAAGAAAGUCAAAAUGGUUUGAAAUACAUGUAAAAACUAUCAAUAGUUUCAUUCUGUAUAAAGGCUGCCACACUGAAGCUAAAUAAAAAAAAUCAGAGGCAGGAAUUGAAAAUAAAUUUAACAAAUAACCAACACCUACAAAUCAAGGGUAAUAAUGCAUGGCAAUGGGAUGUACUGAGCACACCACAGUCCAGUUCAGUACAUGCAAAGACUUUGUAUCAAAGAAUGCUGAAGCCACAUCCAUAUGGAUUCAUUACAUAUUUACUGACACAUCAGUCAGGCUGUACACUUGCUUUCAGAGACCCAGUUGCAAACAGAAACAGGGUAUUAAUGAAUGACCCAAGAAGCUUUUCACUUUGGUUUAUGAAAUGCUGCCCUGACACACUGAUAUAUAUGCCAGUGGAAAUGUUCUGAAUUGAUUUGACAAAUUUAAGGUCAUGGGUGGUUAAAAUUUUGAAAAAUAGGUCAAAGUGCACUGGUUUAUAAAUACGUUACUUGUAUUCCAUUGUAUAGUUUGAAGAUGUUGUGGUAUAUGUUGGCAUGUUACCAGAUCUAAUGUACUGUUGGAAUGAUAAGAAUCUGUUCAACUGCUGUUUAAUUCCUGUUGCAUUGCAUUAAGUAUCCUUUAGGACAUGUCACUAGUUGGAAAUGUUAUCAACAGUUUCAUAUCGGAGGUGGUCAUUAAUCAUCAAGUGAUAGUUGCGAGGACAGAAGAAAGUAAAUUCCUUUAAAACCAAUGACUGGGAUUAGCCCAGAGUUCUGUGAUAAUACAGAAAAGAAUAAAUUAUUUUCCUUCAUGUUGUCUUUUGGAACCAGAGGAAAAAUAAAAACAGGAUUUUACCUUAGGGUGUUCUUAUGGUGCAACAAGUAUUGUUUCUGUGUUUCUACAUCCAAAUCUGUGUUGGUAUCUGUUGUGUAUUCAAAACCUAUGGUUGACAACACAGGACUCAGUAAUGAGACAGUUCUGAACAGUCUUUCCCUUGUUCUUCUGUUUUAAUAUCUUUUCCACUGUUUUUGGAUGGAGUUUAAAGCUAUAAAUUAAAUUAAAAUGUGUAAUUUAAACCCAAGUAGAUAGCAUUUUUGAAAACUUAUGUUGGCUAUUGUUUUCAAAAGCAUCUAUUUCUAGACAUUGCUUCAAGUUUUUUUUACACAACGUCAGUGAUAACAAUUUUCUACAGCUCUUUUGCAAUACAGUAGCCAAUGAUUUAAAAAAAACAGAAGUAUUAAGAAAGGUGAAGGAUUAACAUUUUGAUCGUUAUUUCCAUGGUUUAUUUUGGAUGCUGCCUGUCUGGACACGAACUGAGCUGCUGGAUGAUUUCAACCGUGCUCUUGAUGAAGAGAGAUGACUGAGGCUGCCUAAAAGACAUUAAAUAAACAAGAAUUAGAACAUC